AAUGACACAGGUGAAGCAGGUUACGCAAAGCUGAGAAGAGAAGAGUUGUAAGAGAUUAGAGAGCAAUGGAAGCAAUGGCAGCAGCAAAACCUGUGAUAAAAAUUGCUGCCCUUUGUGGGUCCUUAAGGAAAGGUUCUUACAAUAGAGGCUUACUACGUACUGCUUUGGAGUUAAGUAGGGAGUCUAUUAGUGGAAUCCAGAUGGAGUACAUAGACAUAUUACCACUUCCUAUGCUCAACACCGAUCUCGAAGUUGAUGGGAAGUAUCCGCCUGUUAUUGAGGCUUUCAGGCAGAAGAUUUUGGAGGCUGAUAGCAUCCUUUUUGCUUCCCCUGAGUACAACUACUCUGUUACUGCUCCUCUGAAGAAUGCAAUUGACUGGGCUUCAAGACCACCAAAUGUUUGGGCUGAUAAAGCUGCUGCCAUCAUAAGCGCCGGAGGAGGUUUUGGUGGUGGGCGGUCACAGUAUCAUCUUCGCCAAAUUGGGAUUUAUCUUGAUCUUCAUUUUAUCAAUAAGCCCGAGUUUUUCUUGAGUGCAUUUCAGCCUCCAGCAAAGUUUGAUGGUGAUGGCAACCUUAUUGACCCAGCAUCCAAGCAGAAAAUAAAGGAAGUUCUUCUUGCCUUGCAAGCAUUUACUCUGCGACUCCAAGAUUAUAUCUUCUCUGUUCUCUUCUAAUGGGAGAGAAGGCAUUACCAGACUAUGUUCCUCAAUCUGUUAACAAGAUCUGGUUAAAACUUGAAACUACUGACAGCAGUUCCUGGGAGAGCAAUACGACCGAGACAAAAGCACUCCAGAGGCAGAGUAUCUGAGAAAGGACAAGUUUUAACACCAUUCACCAAAGAAAGUCUGGGACAAAGAUUCCAUGCUAGCACACGAUACAACCUUGGAAGAACAUCCGAACCUUAUGAUUGGUAUGAUAUGGAAACCUGCAACAGUGAAAGAAGAGUUAUUAGUCAGUUUUAAGACAAGUAUUUCAAGCUCACGGAUAAAAGUACAAUCAUAAUGUUCGGGAAAGAAUGUACAAAAUGGCAUUGGUUGCAUCUUGGGUGUUUUUCCUCAUUUAUUCAUGCUCAGUUAUUGGAUUAAAAUUGUUGUGGAUGAUUGCUGCGAGAGAAAUGUGUUUGGCAGGAGCCUGAUCUCUGGCUCGCUGGCCUAUAGUUGAAUUGCUUUAACUAGCUUGAAGGAGAAACUUCUACGCGCAGUGGCAACUGUGGUCAUGCUAUGUGAAAGCUUGCAUGAAACCAUAGCCAGAAUGAAAUUAAGCUAUAUAAUUGCUUGAGCAUUUAAACAAUCUCUUGAAGUACUUGUGAGGUUAGUGUUGUGCUGCUGUGCCCUAUGCCUUAUCUGGAAGUGUAGAACUCCAAUAUGCCUUACAAUGGCAAAUCGGAGUUAAUCUUGAUCUUUCAUUACAUUAAUCAACCAUACUUGAAAGCAUAUGACCCUCCUGCAAAGCUUGAAAACAAUGGCAACUCCAUUUAUGCGGAGGCCAAAGAAAAGUCAAAAGGAAGUUCUUCUAGCCUUGCUUUUCAUUCACUUUGAGACUCCGAACUACGUCCCUCGACUGUCUAGAAUGCAUAAGUGAAAGUCAGGUUACGAGGCAGAAAUGCACUUUGUUUGUUAUGAGCAGAGCGGCCAACUCAUUAAUCUUUCAUGCUUCGAGUGCCAUUGACAACAUUUUCAAUUUGAAUACUUCUCAAAACUUUUAA